AUGCGCCGGACUGUGAGGGCCCUUGCAGGUAUAAGUGGGAUGGCGGUGUACACGCCACCGUGCCGUGUUGCUCUUAAGGACUGGUGUGACUGGACUGGAAACGACUGGAAGAAAGUAUCGAAUGUUGUUGGGGAGUCUUUUCGCAUUCCAGGCCAUAACGAGAACGCAUACACCAUGGCGGCAACCGCAACACUCCGUCUUAUCCUUAACUACGAUGUUGACCCCGCACGUAUCGGUUUCCUGGGACUGGGAACAGAGAGCAGCACGGAUAAUUCUGCAGGCUCCAUUAUUGUGCGAGGAAUGGUUGACAAGGCCUUAAAGGAACUUGGUUUGCCGCGCAUCUCUCGGCACUGCGAGGUGCCAGAGUUUAAGCACGCUUGCCUUGGCGGUGUGUAUGCACUAAAGAGUGCCACUCGCUACUCGGAGGUUGAUGGUGGGAAUGAUAAGGUGGCCAUCGUCGUGGCGUCCGACAUUGCAGAAUACGCAUUGGGCUCAACAGGUGAACAGACGCAAGGUGCUGGCUCUGUGGCCAUGUUGGUGGAAAAGGUACCACAGUUGGUGGAGUUGGAUACUAAAUGUUCUGGCUCCGCCUCUGACUACCGUGGACCCGACUUCCGCAAACCAUUCAGGCGUCAUUUCAUUAAAGAAUAUGGCAGCAACACGGAGCACGGUAAGAUUCCAGACUUCCCCGUUUUCUCUGGACCCUACAGCACGAUGGUGUACCUCGAAGAAGUCACUAUGGCUGUGGAAAACAUGCUGGGCAAACUGAAGCAAAAUCCUGGGGACUACUAUAACUCUGUUUCUGCAUUAUUUUUCCACCGUCCAUACAACAUGAUGCCGAUUCAAGCAAUGUCCUUCCUGUACGUCCGUGGACUGGCGCGUGCUACCUCAGCCGAACACAAGAAAUACUUUGAGGAGCUCUGCUCAAAGGCCAAGGUGGAACCUGCUGCGGUGCAGACGGAACUUGAUAUAAUUCCCGACUACUUUGGCAUGAUUGAGUCAGGACAGGAGCCCAAGGACGUUUUUGGUGCCACCAAUAAGGUCGCCAAGGCCGUCCGUGCGGACAAGGAUUUUUCUUCUUUGCUCAGCAGAAAGAUGAGUCUGGGAAGCUCAGCAAUGGCAAACUUUGGUAAUCUUUACACCGCAUCCCUCCCAUGCUGGAUCGCUGCCGGUUUAGAGGAGGCCUACAAUAAGAAACAAGACAUUACAAAUCACCCAAUGGUGAUGGUUGGCUACGGCUCCGGUGACGCGAGUGAAGCGAUCCCAAUUGUUCCAGUAAAAGGGUGGGAAGAAGCCGCUUCAAAGAUUAACGUUGCAGCAGCAUUGGAAAAACCUGUGAACCUCACACGAGAGCAGUACGAGGGGAUGCAUAAUGGAUCUCUUAAGAGUGAUCUUGCAGCAGAAAAUCGUCAAAAAGAAUUUGUUGUUGCUCACAUCGGAAGCCGAAACGACAUGGCCUUCCAAGACAUUGGUAUUGAGUACUACCAGUUUGUCCAUUAG